AACAAGGAAGUGCAAAGGAGUUGUGACAGAAAGAUGUUUACUGUAGUUUAAUACCGUUAACUUUCCAUCAUUUGGACCACGGGACGGUCAGGGAGCACUGCUAGCUUCACAAACGAUAGCAAACACGGAACUGAAAAUGCAGACUGUACGAAAACGUCGAGGAAACGAUUCACAAACAACACAAACUAGCGCUCCUGGUGGUGUGAAGGAAAUCGUGGCACAGCAGAAGAGGCAGCACUUCCACUCCGACCUGUGGUUCUGCCUGACUCUGCAGAACUGGAUACUGGACUUUGGAAGGCCUAUUGUAAUGAUUAUCCUUCCUCUGGAGUGGUUUCCCCUCAACAAGCCCAGUGCUGGAGACUAUUUCCACAUGGCAUACAAUGUCAUCACACCAUUCCUAAUGCUCAAGCUGAUCGAGCGCAGUCCACGAGCGCUGCCUCGCUCAGCGGUCUACCUCUGCAUCAUCACUUUUGUCAUGGGAGCCAGCAUCCACUUGGUGGGAGACUCCAUCAACCACCGGCUCAUCCUGAGUGGCUACCAGCUCCACCUGUCAGUCAGAGAGAACCCCAUCAUCAAAGACCUCAAACCUGCCUCUCUGAUCGACUCCUUCGAGCUGCUCUAUUAUUAUGACGAACAGCUGGGACACUUAAUGUGGUACAUUCCUUUCUUCAUUGUCCUGUUCAUCUUUUUCACUGGCUGCUUCACCAAGGCCAAAGAACAGAAGAAGAUUCCCAUCUCUGGUUGGCUGUUGCUGGGACCCAGCGCCCUCUACUAUUGGUACUUGGUCACUGAGGGACAAAUCACUGAGCUUUUCCUCCUCACCUUCAUUGCCAUGGUUGUCAUGGUGAUACACCAACAGCGCAAAGGCCUCAGCCCAGACAGCAACGGCCUGUUCCUGUUCUGUAGUUUCAGUGUGACUGUGUUCCUGGUGGCACUGUGGGUGGUCUAUCUGUGGAACGACCCGGUGCUACGCAACAAGUACCCCGGACUCAUUUAUGUGCCUGAACCCUGGUCCUACUACACCUUACACAUCAAGAGCAACCACUGAUAUAUAUCUGUUCAGGUCUGUACGCUUGUGUUUGAAGAAGGUGCUGUGGCAUCAGAAGACACUUACGUAAGUGUGAACUGACUGAUGCAUAUGUUUCUUUCUUCAGCAGUUUUUGUGUAACAGGUCAUGGCUACGCUCAGACAGUGACUAUGUUUAUGUGCUCACUAAUAUUCCACUUUUAUUACAAAAGUAUUACGGGUCAUGUAAACAUAUUCUGUUUGGGUAUUUUUAAUUCAUCCUUAUCCAGAAUAAAGAAAUUUCAGAUUAGGACGUGGGAUUAGGGUUGGGACUCGUUAGGAUUUUUUUUUUUUUUUUAAAGAUUUUUUUUGGCCAUUUUGCCUUUAUUAGACAGGACAAGUAAGUAGGGGGGGAUGACAUGCAGCAAAGGGCCACAGGCUGGAUUUGAACCCGGGCCGCUGCAGCAACAGCCUUCUGCAUGAGGUGCCUGCUCUACCACUAAGCCACCGACGCCCCGGGACUCGUUAGGAUUUUAACGAUUCCGAUUCCUUACCGAUUCCUUCUCAACGGUCCGAUUCCUCUUACCGAUUCCUACAUUAUAAACAUUGUACUUGCUACACUUAAACAAGUAUAUAAUAAACACAAAUGCAAUCAUACAAAUACAAAAACUUUAUUCUAACUGUUGCACAGUACAAUUAGAUGAAAAUACAUAUUUGUGUGUGGUGUGUAUUUCAGAUUUAGAGCUUGUGUCAUCUCCCUGAGAAUAUAUAACAACAAAAAGUGAUUCUCUGAUUUCUACAGUAACACUAUUACCUCAAAUUAACCACAGCAAUGUAAUAAACAAUACUUAUGUG